AUGAAAUCCGAAGAAGUUCAAUCAAAAAUUGAACUCAAAACUCUCCCUUCUCAUUUGAAAUAUGUUUAUCUUGAGCAAGAAUUAUUUCUAGUAAUUAUUUCAUCUUAUCUUACUAUAGAACAAGACAAUAGUUUGAUUAAAGCAUUGAAAGCACAUAAAGGAGCCUUGGGGUGGACUGUAGAAGAUAUUAAAGGGAUUGGUCCGGCUAUUUGCACAAACAGAAUCCUCAUGGAGGAUAGCUACAAGCCAAUAGUCCAGCCGCAAAGAAGAUUGAAUCCAGCAAUGCAGGAAGUAGUGAAAAAAAAGAUCGUAAAGAUGUUGGCAGCAGGAUAUAAUCAGAUACUAAUCGCACCAGAAGAUCAAGAUAAGACAACCUUCACAUGCCCUCAUGGAACAUAUGCCUACAGGAGAAUGCCAUUUGGCCUGUGCAACGCCCCUGCUACAUUUUAG